UCAUCCCACACCGCACCACGCCACCACCUCCUCUCUCGUCAGCCUCUCCCUCUCCCCCGCAGGCUGCUGUCUGGUACAGCUGCUCUUCCCCUCUCUCUGGUAGGGAAUCAGGGGCGCGCGCCCAGUGGUGGAGGCAAAUCGGUCACAUCCAGCGCCAGGGAAGAUCCACCGGUUAAUGCUGGGGGGAUCAUCGAUCGUCUCGUCUCUUCCAGGCCAGCUCGCCGCCACCUGCUAGCUUCUCUGUGCCGCGCAUGGCCGCGCUGUAGCCGGAGGCUAGAUCCUCUCCUGCAUCCACGAAAGCGGCCGCGCGACAGAGGAACAUCAACGAAGCAGCAGAGCAAGGAUGGGGGAGAAGCUCGCGGCGGACGCGGCGGCGGACCAGGAUGACGGCCAAGCUGGGGCGGCGGCGGCGCCGGACGGCGUCCAGUACUGCAGCGAGCACCCCUACCGCCCCGGCAGCGCCGCCGCGGCGGCGGCCGUCGCCGGCGGAGGGAUAUGCGCCUUCUGCCUGCAGGAGAAGCUGGGCCGCCUCGUGUCCUCCUCCAAGUCCAGCCCCUUCUUCCCGCUCGGCGGCCACCCGCCGCCCUCGGGGUCCCCGUCGUCGCCGCCCUCCUUCCGCCGCGCCCCCGAGCCCCCGCCGCCGCUCCGCCCGUCCGCCGCCUCGCGCAAGUUCAUGGCUUUCCACCGGAAGAAGACGCCGUCCUCCUCGUCGUCCUCCUCAUCGGCCUCCGCGGCGCUCUCCGCGGGAGGCGGCGGGCUCAAGCGGAGCAAGUCCGUGGCGCCCCGGCCCGAGGAGCAGUUCCCCUACUCCUCGGCGUCGUCGCUGGCGGCCGAUAGCCCGCGCAAGAAGAGCUUCUGGUCCUUCCUCUACCUCUCGUCCUCGUCCGCGUACGCGCACCAGGCCGCCGCCGCGCCGUACGCCGCCAGCGGGGGCGCCGCCGCCGCGAGGCGGAAGUCGGUGUCCGUCGCGUCCGCGGCGUGGGCGUCCAGGGCGAACGCGGGCGCGCCGGACCAGCAGCGGCGCGGCGGGGCGGCCGCGUCAUCCACUCUGGGGCGGGCGCUGGAGGCCAUCGGCGAGCCGGAGAGCCCCAGCCAGAGCCAGGUGUCGUCGUCCUCGUCCUUCGGCCGGAAGGUGGCGCGCUCGCGCUCCGUGGGCUGCGGCAGCCGCAGCUUCUCCGGCGACUUCCUGGAGCGCCUCUCCAACGGCUUCGGCGACUGCACGCUCCGGCGCGUCGAGUCCCACCGCGAGCCAAAGCCCCACAAGAUGCGCGGCGGCGGAGCGCUCGGCCACCUCGGCGGCGCCGGCGCGGACGACGACGAGGACGACGACGUGUACGCGAGCCAGCACCGGAUCAAGUGCGCGGGGUUCUUCGGCGGCCUGGGCCCCGCGUCGUCCUCCUACUGGCUCUCCGCGGCCGAGGGCGCGGCCGGCGGCGCGAGGAAGUCCGGCGGCCGGAGCCACCGGAGCUGGGCGUGGGCGCUGGCGAGCCCCAUGAGGGCGCUGCGGCCGACGACGAGCGCCACCUCCACGAAGACCAUCACCGUCGUGCCGCCCAGCCACGUGACCAGCAACGGCACCACCUCGGCGUCGGCAUUGUCCAUAUCGUCCCCGACGCCCCCGUCCUCGGAGGCGGCACCACCACCACCAGCACUAGCAGCUCCAAUGGCGACGGUGACGGCGACGGCCGCGAAUUGAAUUCCGAAGCUGCAUGGUCGGUUAAUCUCCCACCCUUUCCUUGUCGAAUCGCCGCUGCUGGCUCUGCUUGGAUCGCCGCGUAUACAUGUCAUCCUCACUCGCUGCCGUUCCCUGUGUGUGCGUGUGUAAUUUGAACAACAAACCGUUCAUAAGUGGAAGAAUGUGCUGUGGAUUUUGGGUUUGAUCGUGCUUCUAGUCCUGACGCCUUGUCUGUUAGACUAGCAAUGGUACACCUGAACUUGUGUUCUAUUGAAUCA